CGGCGCGGUCACGGUGAAGCGGCUGUCAUCAACUCACGCAAUUCGUCAAUUCGGAUACAGAACGAAGGUAUCAUUCUGUCUUAUCAUCGAGUCAGCCCAAGCCGUCGUCAUGUCUACCUCAGCAAGGAAUUGGCGCGACAGCGCGUAUCUCGUCAUCUCUGGCAUCCAGCUAACGGCCAUGCUUUUGGUCGAUCUCGUCCCAUUCUACCCAUCAGCUCUCUACGCGGCACCAUCAUCGCCAUUGCACUUCCUCCAAGUCCUCCGCGACUUCUACAUCUCCACGUACAACGACCCCUUCUUCACCGCGUCUCACGAGAACCUCCCCUCGUGGUUCAAGCUCUUCACCUACAUCGAGAUCGUCUACCAGCUGCCCAUGGCUGCCUGGAUGGUCUACAGGUUCUCAAGAAGCACUGGCACAACUGCCGGAUUCGAACUCGCCGUGCUCGUAUUCUGCGUCGAGUGCGCCCUCACGACGUUGACCUGCAUCUACGACGUCUUCCACUGGGAUCCUGCCGUGUACAGCCAGGCUCAGAAGAACGUCUUUGUCUUUAACCUCUACGGCCCAUGGGUGGUCAUUCCGGCGCUGAUGGGAUUGGACAUGUGGCUGCGCAUCCUGAAGCGGGUGAACGCCGCAGACAGCACCAAGAAGUUGCAGUAA